AUACAAAAAAUAAUAGUAUACAAACAAAAAUACAAAAAGCAUGUUUUUUAAAGAUUUUACAUUUUUUGAAGAAGGAAAUAUUAGUAAUAUUUCAUAAAAAUUAUUAUUUUGAUAAAAAAAAAAUUAAAAUAAAGAAAAAUCUAAGAAUUAAAAAUACUAGUAAAAAAAAAAGUUUAAAUAAAAUUAAAACAGGUCCAAAUCUAUAGAUAAUAAUAGCUUAUAUGAAAUAUUAGAAAUUUAAAAAAAUGCAACGUAAGCCCAAAUAAAAUAAGCAUUCAUAUAACAUGCAAAAACCCACCAUCCGGAUAAAGGAGGUGAUUCCGAAAAAGUAAAAAAAAAAAAAAAAAACGAAUAAUAAUAAAGAAAUCAAAUAUAUAAUGAAAAGUUUUAACAAUAUCAAUAAGCAUAUGAAAUAUUAUAAGACCCAUAAAAAAAAGAAAUAUACGAUAAAUAUGGAAUGGAAGGAUUAGAAAAUGAAAAAAACAAGCCUUAAGAUCUUUUUGAUAUUCUAACAGGAGGAAACACAAGAGGAAAACAAAGAAACAGAGGAAUUUAAAAAAUGCGAGGUGUUAAAAUGUAUCUAGAAGUAUCAUUAGAAGAAUCUUAUAUAGGAAAAGUAUUAAAAAUGCCUUUCGAAAGAUAAAAAAAUUGCCAUGUCUGCGAUGGAAAAGGAGGUUCUGAAAUAAAAUAAUGUUACACAUGUAAAGGAAGAGGAAUUCAGAUAAAAACUAUAAAUAUGGGGCCUAUUAUUUAAUAAUUUUAAUAAGACUGUUAAUCUUGUGGAGGAGAAGGGAAGAUUAUUAAUGAAAAAAAUAAAUGUCAAUCCUGUAAAGGAAAUAAAAUAUAUAAUUAAAAGGUUAUUUUAGACGUUCCUAUAAAUAAGGGAGCUUAUGAUGGUUAAGAAAUAAUUUUAUAUGGAGAAGGUGAUGAAGCACCUGGUUAUAUGGCAGGAGAUUUGCAUUUAACUGUUAAAAUGAAACACAAUAAUGUAUUUCAAAGAUAAGGGGCAGAUCUUAUCAUGAAAAAAAAAAUUAAUCUUGCCGAAUCUUUAACUGGAUUUUCUUUUGUAAUAAAAACUUUAGAUAAUAAUGAAGUUAUUAUUUCUAAUAAUAAAAGCGAAGUUAUAUAUGAUGAAAUGAAAAAAAUCGUUAAAGGCUUAGGAAUGCCUUAUUUUGGAGAUCAUAUGUCUUAUGGAAAUCUUAUUAUUAUUUUUUAAGUAGAAUUUCCGUAAAACGGUGCUUUAUCUACUUAUUAAUUAAAUAAAUUAUCUGAAAUCCUUCCAGGACCUACUAAUAAAUAGCCUAAUAUACCCAAAGAUGAUGUUCUAAUACUAGAAGAAUUCGAUCCUCACACCACUAAUCCUAAUGAAGAAGGAGGAAAAAAAGAAUAUGAAGAAGAAGAGGAAGAAGACGAAUAUUGUGAUUACGAUGAUUAGGAUAAUAGACCAUAAUGUGCUUAAUAAUGA